CCCGCCGACAGACUGCGUCAAAAGUGUCUUCGGCGCAGAGUCUAGACUCCAGAGCAUCUCCUCCGCAAUGUCCGCCGCGAAAACGUCUGUGGCCUUCCUCGCGAUCGCCCUGCUGGGCCUUGCCCCGUCCGGGGAGGCCAUCAGCCGGCCGCUGCCCCCCUACGUGGGCCUGCCCAGCCAGGACAGCCUCACGCACCUCUUCCUGACCUCGCGGGUCACGCGGCGCGACCCCUUCGCCUCGGUGGCCUGCUUCGGAGGCUACAUCGGCGAGUCCAACAGCAUCACGGAGCUCUACAGCGGCGACUACAGCGUCUGCGCCAAGCAGGCGCAGGACUCGCGCCGCGGCAUCGACACCGACUUCCUGCCCACCCGCCGCAGCAUCGAGCGGAGCGGCGAGCGCGUCUGCCAGGAGCUGAGGGCCUGCAACAAGAUCAACGGCACCCUCGACUCCCUCAACUGCCACGCCAACGUGGGCUCCAACAACACGGUCUCCACCUACAGCAUCUCCGGCAACGCCACGGAGUCGGCCAGCAUCCUGCAGGAGCGCUACCGGGUGGUGGACUUGCAUCACGAGCAGUGCCACCGCAAGGCGGAGCGCCGCUACGUGGAGUCGACGGCCAGGAACUACAACUACCUGCAGGCCUGCCUGGACGGGAGGGCCAAGCCGAAGCCCAUGCCCACACCGCCGCCGAGCACCAGCAGCAGCACCAGUACCAGCACGACCACUACCACCACCACCACCACGGAGGCGCCCACCACCACCGAGAGUCCCUUGAACAUGGAGGACCAGUUCAAGCAGCUCCUCAACCUGCUGAACUAGUGGCAAGCAGUCCUUCGGGGGAAGCUUCGAAAUUAAACUUAAAAGUUGAGAACA